CCAAGAGAGGUCAUGGACUCGACCGACACCAAGAUCGAGCUUCCGGUCGACUUCUUCGACGCGAGGAAGUGCAGGAGGAAAUCUACGCAAACUGAGGCCCUGGUGUGCAGCCGAUCAAGAGGCGCUCUCUUCACGCCCUCUCUCUCUGAAGCCAGCGACGCCUUUCUCUCCCUCCUGCUGGGGCGAAGGACACCUCCGUCGGCGUGCGGGCUUUUCGAAGUGUUUACGAAGACGAAGGGAGAGAGUCACUGGGAGUAUGUUGUGCUAUCUAAUAGACACAGUGGCAGAAACUCGCCAAAGAAGGGUGUAUAUUCUCUUCGUAUCAUUCAAUGUGUCAGAAGGUUAAGAAGAUGUGUCAACAAAGUAUGAUUGAUAGCUUUCUCCCUCCCUCCUUCUCCCAAGCCUCCAAAAGACCCUUUUGAAAAGAAGCUCCUUGCAUAGUAACAAUCGAGCUGCUUGGAGAGGAAGCAACACAGCUCACCCAGAUGCCUUACUCCCCAGCAUCUCAC